AUGGAAAAAGUUAAGCAGAGUACCUCCAUGGCGAAAACUCUCAACACUUCAAAUAAGCAAUUUGGAGCUCCAAGAGAACCACAUAUCAUCGCGGAAUCGGAAAAUGAAAUCUGUAACCACUCACCAUCAUUCAAUUACUACAGAUAUCCCUGGAGAGUUGAAGAGGACAUACAAGAAGGAGUUGCAGACAUCAGUGGCCCGAUGGCUGCGAAGCUUGACGAUGCUCGAUGGAAGGAGUAA